AUGCCAUGUCUGGACAUCUUGCACGCCUUGUAUAGUGAUGUGUUCGGAAUUGUUGAUUAUAUAGAAGAGUUACAGAAGCACAGUGUGGAAAGAGUGAUCAUUUCGCAGGAAGAAGAUACAGAGCAAUAUCGAUCAUUUCUAACGGGGCUCCUAGUUUGCAUCCCAUGGGGGGCAAAGGAACCCCCCACCCCCAUAUCAUUCCUGCAGACCUCGACUCAGAGAGAAGUUGUCGCCAGAGUAAUUCAACGUAUCUGUGAAAAGAAGAAAAAGAACGUUCUAGCUUUUGGUUAUGGCUUGGCUGGUGAAAAAAACUCAUUUCAGGUGGUGUUUGCACCAAAUAUUUGCAGUUAUUAUCCUAAUUCAACAACUACUACUAUUGGCACCAGUAUUCUCUGGGAAACCCUUCUUAGUAGAGUGGGAGACAGUGUAAUGAUGCACUUGCUUGAAAACUGUUCCUUGUUUAUGUUUGUACCGCCCACUUGUUGCUAUCAAAUUAGUGGCCUACCAGUGUACAGUCUAUCCACAACGGACACUGUUUCACCUGCUUGGCUUAAACCGAGUUCAUCACUUUACAGAAGCAAUAUUUUAUAUCAGUUCAUUCAGAAAAGCACUAAAUCUUCUAAAAGUCAUUCUUUCAAAACAAAAAGCCGGAUAAAGCGAACAUCAGGAAAAAUAAUAGAUACUCUUUCACCUGUAAAUUGUGCCAAAGUGGGAGUACCAGUACACAAUAGUUUAGUGCUACACCAUCCGAGAACUGUUGGUGCAUCUGCCACAAAAUCAAAGCGUGAAAAAAGGUUUUCAGAUUUUGAUGCAUGUAGCAGUCCGAAUAAGAAAUCCAGGACAGAAUUGCCACUGAAUAAAUGCAAUUUUGAUUUUACAAAGGAAAGUGUUAAUCCUGCUCUUCUACUAACCUCAUUCUCAGAAAAACUGAAUAUUUUGAAACACAACAUCCUUGAAACAAAUACUGCUGAUGCUGUUUUUUUAAGUAACCAUGAUGUGUCACAAAAUGCUUCUGAUGUACAACGUGUAGUGUCUACAAUGCCAGAGAAAGAUGGCAAUAUUUGCAUUGAUUUUAGCAAGCUCUUGUAUUCAAGGCAUGUUUCAAAGGAAGGUUUUUUAAAAACAUUUUUGCUCAACAUGCUUGAAAGCAACGCCAAAGGUAGUCUGAAUCUGAUUGAAACGGUAUUCCUGAGAGCCAGCCCGUUCAAGGAGAACCACACAGAGUGCCAUUUUCAAAUUAUGGAUAGGAAAAAACUUCCAAAUCGUUACUGGCAAAUGAGACAUGUUUUUCAAGAACUCAUACAAAAUCAUAAAAAAUGUCCUUACUCACAACUCUUAAAAAAAUGUUGUAAUAUAAGAAGUGACACAGCUGUAUCUUCAAUGCAAAACCUGGUGGAUGUCACCACUAAUAUUGAGCAACUAAAUACAUGGUCUGUUAAUGAAUCUGAGGUGAUGAUGCUUCUUGAGAAGCAUAACAGUGUCUGGCAAGUGUAUACAUUUGUCAGAGAAUGUUUGCACAGAGUGGUUCCUGAAACAUUAUGGGGUUCUAGCCAUAACAAAUGCCGCUUUUUAAAAAAUGUGAAAAUAUUAAUUCAUUCUGCCAAAUGUGAAAAAAUGUGUUUGUCAGAACUAAUGUGGAAGAUGAAAGUAGAAGACUGCUUUUGGCUGCGUCUUAAGAAAUGUUAUCACUUUGUUCCUGCAUCAGAGCACUUAUUACGAGAGAAAAUACUUGCAGAAUUCCUGUUCUGGCUAAUGGACACGUAUGUUAUUCAGCUAUUAAAGGCAUUUUUUUACAUCACAGAAACCAUGUUUCAGAAAAACAAGCUGUUCUUUUACAGGAAAUGUAUUUGGAACAAACUUGAAACCAUUGGAAUAUGGAAACAUUUGACAAAGCUACAAUUAAUGUCGCCUGAUGAAAUCGACAACGCACAGCAAAAGAAAAACAGUUUGAUGAUAUCCACAUUACGCUUCAUACCAAAAAAAAAUGGAUUGCGUCCCAUAGCAAAAGUCUGCACUACAUUGGAGGUGCAGCUCAGGAAGGAAAUCAUACAGAAGAAGAUACGUCAUUUCAACAGUCAAGUUAAAAAUUUAUUUGGUGUUCUUAACUUUGAGAUAAGUAAGUCUCCAGAAAUCAUGGGCUCCUCUGUGUUUGGUUUGGAUGAAAUUUACAAGAAGUGGAAACAUUUUGUUCUUGGUAACCAAGCACCAAAUGCAGAAAGGGCCAAAUUUUACUUUGUAAAGACAGAUGUGAAGGGAGCCUAUGAAACGAUUCCCCAUUCAAAGCUCAAUGAAGUGAUCACAAAAGUUAUAAAUCCAGACAUUGAAGAAGUGUACAGCAUACGACGCUAUGCCAAGCUAUGGAUAGAUCCAAAUGGCCAGAUAAGAAAGGCAUUCAAACAACACGUGUCUACCUUCAUUGAUUUUAUGCCUACUAUGAAAAGUUUUUUGUCACACCUUCAAGAGAGAAAUUUGGUGCAGAACAACAUCAUUGUGGAACAGAACCUUUCUCUGAAUGAGAGCUCAAGCAAAUUACUAUCAUUUUUGCAGGAACUGAUAUGCAACCAUAUCUUGAGAAUAAAAAAACAAUAUUUUGUACAGCGCUGUGGGAUACCUCAAGGAUUUAUGUUGUCAGCGUUACUUUGUAGCUUAUGCUAUGGUGAUAUGGAAAACAAAGUAUUUUGUGGGGUACAGGAAAAUGGAGUUUUGAUGCGACUUUCUGAUGACUUCUUGCUAGUUACAACCAACCUACAAAAAGCAAAGACCUUUUUACGAAUUCUAGCAGAAGGAAUUCCUGAAUAUGGGUGCUCCAUAAGCCAGUAUAAGACCAUGGUGAAUUUUCCUAUUGAAGAUAUUCCAGGGUGUUCAGAAGUACAGUGCUUACCAGCUCACACUUUAUUCUCGUGGUGUGGCUUACUGCUUGAUACAAAGACUUUGGAAGUUUUCAGUGAUUAUUCUCGAUAUUCUUGCACUUCAAUUCGAUCCAGUCUAACAUUUUGCUAUUACAAGGCAAGAGGCAGUGCUUUGAAAAAUAAACUUAUAAAAGUUCUUCAACUUAAAUGUCACAGUCUCAUCCUUGACCUUGAAAUAAACAGCCUUCGAACUGUGUGCAUCAAUGUUUACAAGAUAUUAUUAAUCCAGGCUUACAGGUUCCAUGCGUGUGUUUUAAAGCUGCCAUUUAAUCAAAGAGUGAAAAAUAAUCCAUCUUUUUUUCUUACUGUGAUUUCUGAAAUGGCCCCAUGUUUAUACACCAUUUUUAAAGCCAAGAACAAAGGCUUUGCUCUUAAAAGGAAGGAUGCAGCUGUGCCAUUCCCCUUUGAAUCAGCACAGUGGCUGUGUUACCAUGCAUUCAUUACCAAGUUGUCCAAGCACAAAGCUUUGUACAAAUGUUUACUUGGUUCUCUUCAAUAUUGCAAAAUACAAGUAACAGCAAAACUGCGGGAGGAAACCACUAGUCUGUUAAGAGCAGUAACCCAUUCUUCACUUCAUAUUGACUUUACAUGUAUAGGAGAUUAA